AUGACUUCCACCAUCAAAAUCUCCGCCAAGCCCAACACCGACAUCUGGCGCAAACCCCCCAACAUCAACGCCUUCAACGCCCCCUUCACACCCCUCGCCCGCCGUCCCCUCCCAACCUUCACCUCUGCCCAACUCACCCUAACCUUCCUCCCGACAACACAAUACGACCAAGCCGGCCUCCUCCUUACCUUCCACCCCCCUUCAUCCUCAUCCCAAGAACCAACCGCCCUCCCCUGGAUCAAAACCGGCGUAGAACUCUACAACGGCUCCCCACGCCUAUCCACAGUAGCAUGCCCCCAAUGGGCCGAUUGGUCCGUCGCUCCUCUCCUUGAUCCUUUGAACGAGGGGAAGGAAGGGGUCGUUAAGACGACGAUACGCGUUGAGAGGAUGAUCGAUCACCAUGGACCGAGUUUGUGGGUGUAUGCUGUUAAUAAAGAUGGGGGGAAGGAGUCGCUGAGGGAGGUUUGUUGGGUUUUUGCGUUGGGGAAGGAGGAUGAGGGGAAGGGGGAUUGGGAGGUCGAGGUUUCGGCAAUGGCGGCUAGGCCGGCGGGCGAUGAGGCGCUGGGGGAGCUCGAGGCAGAGUUUACUGGGAUCGAGGUGAAUUGGGAUUGA